UUCCAAACUGAAAGUUUCUUGGCAACUCGUUCUGGGUUUAUAGGAAAGUUACUUUCAUAACCGACGUGGUGCGACGUGAAGCACAGGAGAAAGUGAACUAGCAUCCCAUCCACAUUCCCUCCACCUGACGGCUUGUGUCUCUUUAUACCUCGUUUCCCUGCUCCAGAUUUCGACAGCAUUGUCUAUGCUGAUGUAGCGAGGUUACCAGGCAGCCUCCCAACAAGAGUUUGGGAUGAGGCUUAAGCCAAGUUUUUUUUUCUCUUUUUAAAAAAAACGAGCAGAGUUCCUAGUGGUGUGUCUGAAGCUCCAGUGUAGAAAGAUUAACGUCAUUGUAUAAAAAAAAUCUGCUCAGGGCUACAGGAAAAACCCGCAUUUCUCCACGCCGGAGGCGUCCCCUCAAACAGGGCAAGUCCACUCCCAGUCUGACCGCCAGAGCCUGCUCCCUUCAGCAGUUCCCCACAGCAGCUUCGGCGGUGGUCUCUGCUUAAAGCGAUCGCGAAUUCUACCGAAGAGAGUGGAUGUUGGAAAACUGUCCCGUUACAAUGACCGGAAGACGAGUUGAGAGGGAGGCGGUUUGGCUGAGCUUCUCUGUGAUUCUGAUCAGUUUUUUACUGUCCCAUGUACAAGCUACACCUCCAUCUUCCAGAUACCAUCUGUACUCGGCCAGGUCCCCACCCCGGCAAGCUGCCAACAGACUCACAGGACGCAACAAAAACUGGUGUGCUUACAUAGUGAAGAAGAACGUGACAUGUUCGGUGCUGGACAGUGCAGCAAGUUACAUCAAGCCGGAAUACCAGCCCUGCCCCUGGGGUCAGCUCAAUUGCCCUCCUACUGUGCGAUAUCGCACACAUUUCCGUCCUCUAUAUAAGGUUGCAUACAAGGUGGUGACUCAACUAGAGUGGAGGUGUUGCCCUGGAUAUAAGGGUGAAGAUUGCAAGAAUGGCUGGUCACAACAGACUGCAAAUUUUCCACUGCCAUCUUCUGCCCCAAGACAAAGGAAUCUUAUCCCCAAAUCUACAGAUAGCCAAGUUCAUAAACUGCCAUCGACUGAUGCCCAAGGCCAAAAAAUUCAACAGUUGGAAUAUGAGGUACAGCGCCUUAACCAGGUUCUGGAAAAAAUGCAGACCUCAGUAACAGGGUUGAGUGACAAUCUGAGGCAUAGUGUCCAGGAAGAUACCAGUAAAAUGGUUGCAACAUUAUUGAGCAACCUGAGACUGCCGAGCAGUGCUGUUGGCUUUGAAACUUCCCACAUUCCGGUCGUCCACGAGAAUGGAGACACACUGUAUCAAUCAGCAAUGGGUGAGGUGAUGUCUGAACUCACAGAGGUGAAGGAUACAUUGAAGGCCAAGGGUGAUAUGCUCGAUGAGCUCCACGGAAUGGUUACUGGACAUAAUGGACAGUUGAAGAAGCUCAUGGAAGCUGUCCAAGCACCUGUUUCUACUUAUUCUCCAUUUUCCAAUGGAGACUUUUAUCAGUCUUACAUUGAUAGUAAAAUUGAAACUCUCAAGAAAGAAUUAAUGAUAGGUAUUGAUGAGAAAUUUGCAGAUCUGAAAAAUUCCUGUGAGUAUAAGUUAAUGUCACUAAAAGAGCAAUGUGAAGAAAAUGAAUCAAACUAUGAACAUGUAGAAGAAUUGCUCCAUGAUAAAGAAGCUGGACUGAGAGAGGAGAUCAGUAACCUACGAAAUCAUCUUCUACAAUCACCUGGGUACUUCAACUGCUGUUCUCACAUAGCCACUUUAAGACAGCAACUCAACAACAUGGAUCGAAAGGUGUACAGAAUUGCUGAUGCUAACAGGCUUUUGAAUGCCAGAUUGGAUAAUGAAUUAGAACAUUUCACUACUCUUAAUCUGGAAGAUAUUUUUAGUGAGAGGUUAGAGGAAAUUGAAUCUAGAAUAAAUGUUACAGAGAAAAAUGCUGAAGAGCAUUGCUUUUAUAUCGAAUAUACUCUUAGAGAACUGAUUGAAAAUGAAGUUGAUGGUGUCAAAGAACUUGUAAAAGAGAGAGUACAAGUCUUAGAAACAAAACAUAACAAUGAUUUUGCAUUAUUUAGCAACAUAACUUUAACUGGUGCAAGAGACAGUGAACAGGAAUCAAUACAGCGAAGUGAUCUGAAUUUCAGUACUGAUCGCAUCAAUAAUGUGAUGGAUUAUGUUGAGGUUAGGUUGCAUAAUUUAGAAUAUUUAUGCCGUACUGAUUGUGCCUCUGUAACAAAAGAGAUGAAAGAUAUCAAAGUGGAUUUAGAAACAUGCAAACAUGACAACAAACAAUUAUUGCGAAAAACAGAACAAAACUUAAUUGUCCUUAAUGCUCUGAAUGAUACAGUUCGCGAAGGUCUCAAGAUGAUGGAAGAAAAUGAAGACUUAGAGAUGAUACAAGGAGAAAUCAUCUCAUUAAAAGUCAAUGUAAAUGCUAUUGGAGAAUCUGUUCAAGCACAGUGGGAAGGUCUGACAAGGAAUAAUGAAACACUCUUAACAGUUGAGUCCACCUUAACAAAGAAACAGGAAGAACUCCUGGAUAUGAUUUACAAACUCCAUGAAACAGAUAAAAGUCUAAAAUCCCAACUCCAGAAAAACAAUAGCAGUCAGUUAAAUGAAAUGAAGAAACAACUGGACCAAUUAACAAGGCAGGUUACUCAUGACAUUGAUAAAUGUAAAGAUCAUGCUCAGGGGAUCCAGAAAGAAGUCCACUAUGUUGACAGCAGAGUGGCCCACAUUGAAAAUGUUUGCAGUAAACUAGACAAUAUUUCCACCAGUCUACAGAGAAUUAAAGAUGGUCUGAACAAACAUGUCAGCAGUCUCUGGAACUGUGCCCAUCAGAUGAAUGAAACUGUGAAAUCACAUUCCAAUGAAAUUGAUUUGUUGAAAAGUGCUGUUCACCGAUUUUCAAACCAAGGUCCAAAAAUUGUUCAGAAGACAGACGUUUUGCUUCCUGUUCAGCCUGUUCCAGUGGAAAGAGGCCAAGCAGGACCUCCAGGCCCACCCAAGCCAAGACAGACCCCUGUCACAGGAACAAGCUAUGGUGUCAUUGGGGAGGUAGGUUAUGCAGGCCCCCCAGGAUCAAUGGAUAUAUCAGAUGUUAAUGGUUCUCACGAAACAAAACAGCAAAUUACACCAGCUCCGGGUAGAGACCAUGAACUAUCGGGGCAUUUCGUAACUUUUGGACCUCCAGGAAUCUCAGAAAAUAAAGCUGCUCGAAAGCAUGUCUCCUUUUCAGUGGGUCUAACCAGAAAACCUUUCAUUGGUAAUGCAGGGAUAAUCCGAUUCAACAAAGUUUUAGUUAAUGAUGGGCACCACUACAACACAAAUACAGGUGUAUUUACAGCUCCUUUUGAAGGACAGUAUCUCGUCACUGCAGUCCUUGCUCCUCAAAGAAAUGAGCAUAUUGAAGCAAUCCUGUCAGUCUCUAAUCAAAGUAUCAUGCAGAUGGAUACUUCUGGCUAUCGAAUAGAACUGCUGGAAUCUCAGAGGCCCCUUAUGGGAAGACAGACUUGUGGAGGUGUUGGAAUCUUCAAUCUGAUCCUGAAUCUAAAAGCUGAAGAUGAAGUCAGUGUCAUAGUGAUCGAUGGUAAACUGGUUGACACAGAUGAGAUGUACUCAACUUUCAGUGGGACUCUUCUGUAUGAAACAUCUUCUCAGAGCUAGCCAAGUAGAAGAAUGUUGAACAAAGAGGAGAUUGAAAUACACUGAUUGGGGCAAAGGAAAAUCUGAAGAGGAUGUAGAUUUUCCUGAAUUUCUGGGAUUCACGGUCAAAGAAAGUACUUCUAUUUUAUAAAAUACCAAUUCAACAAGCUACAAUUAUGAAUAAACCUCAAUGUGACUUAUUUAGACCUAAACUAGUAAUAGCAUACAUUGUUCUUUUAAGAGAGAUAUAUUUCCAAUAAGACAAAUAAAGUUAAUCCUUUUUAGUGGACUGUGUCCAUAAAGUUCUAUUAAUUCCUAGCACUGGAUUUAUAAAACCCAAAAUAUUUAUGUUUACUGUUUUAAUUGUUGCUUUUCCAAUUAUUUCAACUUUUAUCAAUAGAUUGUUAGUACAAUACACUAAUACACAGGUAUCUCCAAUAAAAGACUGAAGGGUAAUUGUGAUAUUCCUAAUCUUAACAAUGGUAAAACAAUUUAUAUGUACAAUGAAAACAACAGUAGUUUAAUUUUUUAAAUUAUUUUAUUCAAUUGGCUAGCUUUUUAUACUUGUGAUGGGUAGAAUGUUUAUAAUUUGGCAAAUAGAAUUGUUUUUCACAUUUGUCACUGACCAGUUAUUCAAAAUGCCACCACCACCCCCACUUAAAUGAACAAUGAGAAAUGUUUAAUUAUUAACCAUAUUACAGUUGAGAUUUCAGAAGCGUCUGCCUUGAACUGUAUCUAAUUGUUGGUUUUUGUUGCAGUCUUUAUUUUAUUUACACCAUUGAUCCAUUACUCAGGAUUUUAUAAAUGAUAGCUUUUUGGCACUAGAUAGAUCAGGAAGAUAUCAAAUAAAUUUGUUUUGAAGUAAAACUCCAAAAUAAUUCUAGAGGUAGGAGAAAGAAUUAGAAGUAAUAAUUUAACAUGUUUAGACCUCCGUACUUCAUUUCCUUCUGUUAGAUCCAUGACUUUGCAUUUAGGUGUAUAGGAUCAGAGAAUGUAAGCAGCAACCUUAAUCCCUCUUUGACUGACUCAUUACAAGUAUCACAUAUUAUCUCCUUUAUGUAAUUGUCAAAGUUACAAGAGAACUCUUAAGAAAAACAGCACAGAGUAAAUCUCUCAUGGCCUUCUGCAAACAUAGUAUUGUGGGGUAGUGAUUCACAAGCUAUUAGAAAAAUUAAUUUAGUAAGUACAGGAUGCAGAGAAGUUUUAUUAUUAAUAGAUGUAGAAAAUAUGAAGUAUGAAAUGUAUACAGUCGGUGAGUGAUUCUUAUGAACUGCUAAAUUUGCUGAUGACAGGAAGAGGUCAACAUAAUAUUGGAAUAAUUACAUUUUCUGUUUUGUAUAAGCUUUGGAAUAAGCAAAAUCAGCUAUGGUGCGUGAUACAGGAAAUGCUAGAAGCUGGAAAAUAGUCUGAUUAAUCGAUCACAUAGUAACUAACUCAGGACUGGGUUACCAUGACAUUUAUUUUAUGUAUUCCACAGCCAUCCUCAAAUGAAAUAAUGAAUACUUCUCAAUGA